UAAAUAAGAGCGUUGACGUCAAGGUCACGUGCCCACCGCGAAACACUCAUGUCAGGCAGUCGCGCUCUCCGAGCGUACAUUAGCAUUAGAUUGUUUUUUGAUUUUGAUUUUACAGAGUCUUUCCUCUUUUGCUGGGUUUAAUUAUACCUAGACGUUUUUAUUUAAUAUCCGUGCACGGACCACAUUGCACUGGCAGGCGUACAAAUUUUCAAAACAAAUCUGCAAUACCUCGAAUUGCAGGUACCGAAACCAAAAUGUUGAAUCUGUGCCAGGUGUGCUCCAAAGAACCGUCGAAAUACAAAUGUCCGAAAUGUGCUUUGAUGAGCUGUUCCCUUGGCUGCACUCAAUCCCACAAGAUAUACUGUGCACCCAAACCAACAGAAACUGUUCCAAAAGAUACAAAAGACCUUUCAAAUGGUGCUGCGGCUGAUCCUUUGAAAGACAUUCACGAAGGAGAGCCUCUGAAACUCGAAGACCUCGGGUCGUCGAUACAACUUCAAAAGCUUUUCGAGCAAUACCCUGGCCUUCGGAGACGGCUGCAGGAGAUCUACAAGAUUACCCUGGAGGAAGAAUGGGAUCAAGAGCAGAACCAAGUAUCCAUGGGCAACCACCAUCGCAGACAUCGUGGCGGACAUAAGAGGGGAGUCUGGACGGCGGAAAAGGGCUUCAAUCGCGGUCUUGGAAAGGUCAGGAAAUGGCGUGAGAGCUGUGAGGACGGCGAGAGCGUUGGCUCUGAUGCUGAAGGGUUUAUGAAGUUCAUGGCGUUGGUUGCUGGCACUCAUGAAAACCCCACUUAAUGGUGACGUCCUGCUUGAUGAGAUUUACUGCUGUUACAAUGUUAGCAAUUGGCGACGUCGUCUAUGCGAUAUGGAUUGAUCACUGA